AUGCUUGGCGAGCUUUUUUACAAUGAUUUUCUUCUGUGGGUGCAAAGGAAAAAUGCUCACGUGUCUUCACUUACCAUCAGUGACAUUGGACUCCUUCGAGCACUGAGCAAGCGAGCAGCGCAGGCCUUCCCUGAUUUGCUGUACGGAGAACAGGAAUCUUGUAUAUGCAGUCGGUCCUCAAUUGGUAGUAACAAUGUCUGUUUGUGGGAUAGAUCCACCAUCACCCUUUCCUCGAGCCCGGCGGAAGCGCUGGCAAAGGCUAGUGACCACGAGUUUUUGGAAGAAAGGCACACCGUUUGCUGCCCUGCGGAACAUGAGGCUAAUGCAAUUACGCAAAAACGUUUACUGAAACCUAUAACACUCAGAAGUCCGAACCUACCUGGAACCGCUGCCGCAGUAGUCACAUACACGUAA